AUGUACAGAUAUCCUAUUGGUCGACUUCUGCAGACUCUAUCUAUGUCAUUUGAUUAGUCAUGCUCAAUAAAAAGCACAUGCAGUAAAGAUCGUACCGUACAUGUGACUGACUGACAGGACAUGAACAUCAUGCUUUUAUCCUGAGCAUGUACUCUUAUCAGGGGAAAAACAUUGCUUAGCCGUUCACAGGAAUUAGCUGUCCCUUAUCAGCCAUUGGCCACCACCUUAAAGGGGCCAUCCUAUUGGCUGAUCCCUUAGUGUCCUGUCACGUGACUGGAAGAGCACAACUUGCAAAAAAUAGCCAAGAUGUCAAAGUUUAUGGCGGUGUUGCGUAAUCACGCCAGAUAGCGGUGAACUUGUAUUUACCCUUCGGUUACUUCAACGUGAUUAGAUGGGCCACAUUAUGAGAUUGGAUUCAGGAUGGCAGGGAGGCAUUGUGAUCAUAAUCUGAGGGGAGAAAACAUUGAUCCCAGUGGAGUAUCCUGAGGUGGGGAGAGUAAGAGCUGGUGCUCUACUCACUGUAAUGAAGAGACAGCGAUCCUGGGGGGACAGGGAGCUCCUGGGGGGGAACACAAACGACAACACAGACUACAGUGAACAGAAUGAGUCCUUGUCUCUGAGGUCGUCUUGGUCCCUGGCGGACACCAUGAACUACGUGGGCCAGCUGGCAGGACAGGUGCUGGUAACCGUCAAAGAACUGUACAAGGGCAUUAAUCAGGCCACAUUAUCGGGCUGCAUCGAUGUUGUGGUUGUCCGCCAGAGAGAUGGCACUUACCAGUGCUCGCCAUUCCACGUGCGCUUUGGCAAGCUGGGGGUACUGCGCUCCAAAGAGAAAGUGAUUGACAUCGAAGUGAAUGGAGAGCCAGUAGAGCUGCACAUGAAGCUUGGUGACAACGGAGAGGCCUUUUUUGUAAAGGAAGCCGAGGAACUGAAUAUUGUCCCCGCCCACCUGGCCACCUCCCCGAUCCCCACGGAGAGUCACCUGUUCUGGAUCUCGGAGGUGGAGCACAGAGCCCCAAAAGGUCUGGAGGAUGACCCCGCAGACCCAGAAGACCCCCCCGAGCCUCCUGCACCCAGUACCGGGUCCACAAAAAAGAAGAAGAAGCGGAGGAAGAAGCACAAAGGAGACCCCCGAAGAGAGGAGCUGACCCCGCCCAUGUCGGUCACUACUGGAAACGCUAUCGCUGCUAACAUACCUGCUGCUGCUACGACUGCUCCUAUGUCCAGCGCUGGGCAAAAUGAGGAGAUCUUUGAGAUGGACCUGAGCUCUGACGAGGGGGGAUCAGCACAUGUCUCAAGUGUAAAACACCUUAAUUGUCUCUGCUUUUUCAGAUAUUAUAACUGGACAUUAGCUGCACCCUUGAUUCUGAGUCUACAAGCAUUUCAGAAGAACUUACCAAAGGCUACAGAGGAGGCUUGGAUGAAGGAGAAAAUGCCAAAGAAGUCGGGCCGCUGGUGGUUCUGGAGAAAAAGGGCAGACAGUUCAAUCAAGCAGUCGGAGACUAAGCUUGAAACAAAGGAGGACUCUCAUCCGGAGGAAGAAGGAGCCUCCAUGUCUCAGGAGAAACUGCCCCUGCCGCCUAAAGCCGGAGACUCCUCCAGUGAUGAAGAGGCCAAGGAGGUGAGCGCUGCUUCCUGUCAGGAGAGACUGCAGCCAGUCGAUGUUCAGCACCACCCGAGCCCCCCCACUUACAGGAAGUCACUACGCCUGUCCUCUGACCAGAUAGCCAGUCUGAAACUGAAGGAGGGACCUAACGAUGUGAUGUUCAGCAUCACCACCCAGUACCAGGGCACAUGCCGCUGCGAGGGCACCAUCUAUCUGUGGAACUGGGACGAUAAAGUCAUUAUCUCUGACAUCGAUGGCACCAUCACCAAGUCAGACGUGUUUGGACAGAUCCUGCCACAGUUGGGGAAGGACUGGACCCACCAGGGCAUUGCCAAGCUCUACCACUCAGUAGCUGAGAACGGCUACAAGUUCCUGUACUGCUCAGCGCGAGCUAUCGGUAUGGCGGACAUGACACGAGGUUACCUGCAGUGGGUCAAUGACGGAGGCACCAUUCUCCCCCGGGGACCCCUCAUGCUUUCUCCCAGCAGCCUCUUCUCCGCCUUCCACAGGUACGAGAGCAUUCAGUAUUAAUGACUACCAGUUUCAGUUUC